AUGGCAAAGAAGUACGCCGCCCGGAUGAGCCUGGACAUCUUCAAGCGCGCAGCGUCCACAUUCCAUAUGACCCUGACAGCUCUACGAACCAGAGAAGAGGAGCCACGCGUUGCCCUAACGUCCAGCAUACUCAUGUCGCCGGGAUACACGGCAUUCGCCCAUCAAAUAGUGGCGGUUACCGAGCUGUAUAUCGAUGCAUUUAGACCCAAGCGCGGCGGUAUCUUGGCCGACGAAAUGGGAUCUGGAGAAACCCACACGGUCUUAGCAACAUUCUGGAUGAACAUGCUGGCAGUAGCUCAGAUACACAGCGGUAUCCCCAACCUCGAGUUCCCGCCCAUGUCAAGCGGGGCCGUCAAUGGUGUCCCGCCCCGCGUUGGAGCCACGUUCAUCUCCGCGAGCCCGCAAGGUUUGAAAGUUUGGCCACAAGCAUACGACGGCGCAAGUUAUGCAAGUUAUGCACAAGAAUUUGGCGGAGAAGAGAAAGGCAUCUACUCUUCCAUGAGCGCAAACGAGUGGGCAGAGAUAUUACCACAACCAGACUGGACCCGGUCGCGCGCGCCGAUACAGCCGCCUCACCACACGAAGAGUUCCUAA